CAUUUGGUUCCCUAAUUUUAAUCCGUUUCGUGAAAUGUCAAACGCAAAAAUUUUUCGUUUAAUGAAUUAAAUAAUUUCCAAAAAUUAUAAAAAUCUAAAAGUUUUAUUCUAUUAAAAAUCACAUAUAAAUUGUCAAGGUGUCACAAAGAAGAACACGUACUUAUCAAAUAUGGUCUGUAAAAAAUGUAAAAGAAGGGCAAAGGGCUUUCCUCAAAAAUUUGGAUACAAAAGGCACUAUAAACAUCUGCAGCGAAAAUAAAGAUGAUGUAGAUGUAACUGUCGAGGGCACACGAGUAAUGCAACUGGAAAAAUUACUCCGAAACCGUAACAUCGUUUAUGAAGUGACUGAAACAAGUGCCGAUGCCAUGGGGAGGCUACGACUUGCUAGUCCCACACCUUCCACCUAUUCACCCAAAUCACCGAGAAGAAGCGGAAGGAGACUGAAUGGAUCACCCGAUGGUCGUAGUAUGGAUUGGAUGGAUUAUCAUCCUUUGAACGUAAUCUAUAAGUAUUUAGUGGACCUUGAAGCGCAGUGUCCAUCUACAUGUACUUUGAGUGUUAUCGGUACAUCAGUGGAAGGCAGAGAUAUAAUGUUGCUUAAAAUUUCUAAUAGCAAUGCGAGCAACACAGGAGUUUGGUUGGACGGUACCAUACACGCGCGUGAAUGGAUCAGUGCAUCUGUUGUCUUGUACAUAGGCGAGCAGCUUGCUAAGAAUUUUGACAGAAUGCCAACGAGCAUAACUAAUAAAGACUGGUAUUUAGUGCCAGUCGUAAAUCCGGACGGUUAUGUUUACUCGCACACGAGUGAUCGAAUGUGGAGGAAAAAUAGAUCGCGCCUUGGCUCGACUGUAGUUGGAGUGGAUCUUAAUCGUAAUUUUGGAGUAAGAUGGGGUGUAAAUGGUACAGAGUUCUCGUCUGGUGAUCCUAACCAUAAUAAUUUUAGAGGUACAGGUGCAUUCUCCGAACCAGAAGCAGGUGCUAUUAAGGAUUUAAUUUUGUAUUCGUCGAUACCGUUUAAGAUAUUUUUAACUUUUCACUCGUACAGUGAAGUUAUUACUUUUCCCUGGUGUUUUACGACUGACCCUUGUCCAGAUUAUGUGUAUUUACUUGAAGGUGCCACUGUUAUGUCAAAGGCUAUUUUUGAUACAAGCGGACGUCUGUAUAAAGUCGGUAACUUCAGAGAUUUAAUGUAUCCUGCAAGUGGCACGAGUAUCGACUGGAGUUACGGUAUCGCUCGCAUACCGUAUUCAUAUUUAGUCGAGUUGAGAAGUAAAGAACAUAAAUUCGCUUUACCCAAAAAACAAAUAAUCGAGUGCUGUGAAGAAAUAUGGAAUGGUGUAAAAGCUUUAGCUGAACACGUCGAUAAAAAGAAAUGUCUAAAUUGUGAACCUUUAAAACAUAAGGAAAUGCAAUAAUAAACUCGUUCAACCGAU